AGCUCCAGCAUACAGUCGGCACUUUUUCUUGUGUGGUCAAAGAGUACCUGAGAUAAACUAGCUUCCUGCUGCUUGCUCCAUUCGAUGAUGAAAAACAUUCAUUUUAAAGAUUUCUUCUGGAACUCGGACCUGACCUCCACCACAGGGUACGAUGGCAUCAUUCAGUAUCUCAAUGAUGGCAAGAGGACAUGCAAGGAGGUGGAGGAUUUCAUGAAAGCCAGGGCAUCAAUUGAAGAGAAGUACGCCAAAGAUCUCCUUAGUUUGUCAAAGAAGAUGUGUGGACACAGUGAGAUGAGUAAGGCAACCCUUUGUGUUGAGAUGCUUACAUUAAAGAGAUCCUUGGACAUGCUGAAAUUACAGACUGAACAAGUGAGUCUGUCACAUUUACAACUGUCACAAAAUAUGAGGGAGGAGGCCAAGAAACUGGAAGAAUUCAGAGAAAAGCAGAAAGAAGCAAGGAAAAAGAUAGAACAACAAAUGGAUAUUCUCCACAAACAGAAGUCCACACAGUACAAGAAGACAAUGGAUUCAAAGAAGACAUAUGACCAGAAGUGUCGAGACAAAGAAGAAGCCGAUCAGAACGUGAACCGAAACACCAACACCAACAACACCAAGCACAUGGAAAAGCUCUGCUCAAAAGCACAGCAGGCAAAGCAGACUGCAGAAGAAGCAGACAAGUUAUACCAGCAGAAUGUCACCACACUGGGAAAGAUUAGAGAUGACUGGAUAAAGGAGCAUGUCAAAGCCUGUGAGAUGUUCGAAAAGCAGUCAGUGGAGCGGAUCAACUUCCUGAGAAACACGGUCUGGACUCACCUCAACCAGCUAUCUCAGCAAUGUGUGACCAGCGAUGAGCUGUAUGAGGAAGUGAGGAGGUCACUGGAGCAGUGCAACAUCCAGGAAGAUAUUGAGCAUUUUGUAAACCUCAGACAGACUGGUGACAAACCACCAGCUCCAGUUGUGUAUGAGAACUUCUAUAUUGGUCAGAGGUCUCCAACGGGAGCACUGUCCUUUCGACUGCCUCUGCCGCUCAGCAGGAGGGGGCCAUUACCUCAGCCAACACAGGACAGUAACGAUGAGUCGCACUACUCAACAGUGCAGGACGCAGGCUACAGUGUUAUCCAGUACUAACACACAUAUCUGCUGGAAGAAUUUCUGCACACGCUGUGGACUGUUCUUUGUGUCGGACCUCAGAGUUACUUUUCCUCCUCAAUGUGAGUUAAGCGUUCCUGGGAAGAGUCAGCUCCUCUGUCCAUUGGCUGCUAUGCAUCUUCAGGUGUUUCUCCUGCAUAUGGAAGCGGAAUUCAGAUCCUCUGUUGGUUUGACGUUACACGGCAUGCUCCGACUUGAUCAGAUCCAGAAUGAUCUGGAUGGUCGCCUCACCUGCAUCCAGAAUGCACAGUUAGAUCAGUCUGUUUGAUAUUGUAUCUUGGAUAAGCAA